GAAGAAUCCCUGUUAUUUAUCUUGUGAUGCCUCCAUAGUUCCACCUGUGCAACAUGAAUAACCGAGGCAAGAUUAUAAUCGCUUCCGAAAUUUUCCGAAAAUAGAAUGUUGUGCGCAGAACCGAUGCGCAGUGGAUGGCGCUUCUGCUUUCAAAGAUUCUUUAUAUCUUGUAUUUGUUAAACAGUACUGUAGAAAACGCAUGUAGCCAUAGCUUUAAACUUUUGCUGUAAAAAUGGAAGACGACGUUGCGGCAUUAGUUGUUGAUAAUGGAUCUGGUAUGUGCAAGGCUGGUUUUGCCGGAGACGAUGCGCCAAGAGCUGUAUUCCUCUCCAUCGUCGGUCGUCCUCGCCAUCAAGGUGUGAUGGUUGGUUCGGAUCACAAAGACUCGUAUGUUGGCGAGGAAGCUCAAGAGAAAAGAAGCAUCCUUUCCUUGAAAUACCCCAUCGAAUACGGCUUCAUCACAAACUGGGACGAUAUGGAAAAGAUAUGGCAUCACGCAUUCUACAACGAACUCCGAGUUCAACCAGAUGAACACCCCGUACUUCUCACAGAGCCACCGAUUAACCCUAAAUUAAACCGUCAAAAAAUGACUUCGAUCAUGUUCGAGACUUUUAACACUCCAGCCAUGUAUGUAGCUAUCUCGGCUGUGUUAUCCCUGUAUGCUUCUGGUCCUACCACAGGAUUCGUCUUUGACAGUGGUGGUGGUAUGUCCUACACCGUACCAAUCUAUGAAGGUCAUGCCUUACCUCAUGCAGUCUUUCGUCUCGAUUUGGCUGGUCAUCAUCUUACUAAAUACCUAAUGAAAAUCUUGACCGAGAGAGGUUACUCUUUCACCACAACUGCCGAAAGGGAGAUUGUUCGUGACAUCAAAGAAAAGUUGGCCUACGUUGCCCUAGAUUUUGAGCAGGAGAUGGAAACUGCCGCCAGCAGUUCAAGUUUGGAAAAAGCCUACGAGCUUCCUGAUGGCCAGGUUAUCACCAUCGGCAACGAGCGAUUCAGAUGUCCUGAGGCAAUCUUCCAAACAUCCUUCCUCGAAAUAUCGGGUGGUAUCCACGAAGCCUGCUAUAACUCAAUCAUGAGGUGCGAUGUUGAUAUCAGGAAAGAUCUCUUCGCUAACAUCGUGUUGUCUGGUGGUUCCAACAUGUUCCCUGGUAUUGCCGACAGAAUGCAGAAAGAAAUUACACUCCUUGCUCCACCGACAAUGAAGAUCAAGGUGAUCGCUGACGCUUCACCUGAAAGAAAGUACUCCACCUGGAUUGGUGGCUCGAUCUUGGCCUCUCUUUCUUCCUUUAAAAAGAUGUGCAUCUCAAAAGCCGAAUACGACGAAUCUGGACCUUUCAUUGUUCACGCAAAAUGUUUCUAACUGACAUUUAACGAAAAACCACCAGUAGUUUGCAAUUACGGGAAGUUAUUUUUUUCCAGAAAUUUUCAAACGUUACCACCUUAAAACAGAUGUGGAUCGUAAAAAAGAAUACGACGACUGGACCAUCCAUUGUUCACGGAAUCAUGUGGUUAUAGUUAUCAUUGGUUGUAUAG